AUGUCCAGAAAAAUCGUGCUGUGUUUUUUAGUGGCAUUUGCGCUCGGGUGCACCACCGGCCGAAAGCUGGAGUGCAGUGAGCAUCGGGAAACGGAAUGCGAAAUCUCCAACUUUACCAUUGUGGAAUCGAUGGAUUUGUCCGAGUUUGAGUUUCCCGAUCAUCCGCAUCUUGCAUUCGGCACAUACCCGCACUCGGACGACUCGACGUACGUUGUCACUAUCGGCAAGGAGCUGGCGGAUCGUCUGCAGUCCACGGAAAAACUUGAAAUGCAAAACGUCUCCCUUCAGACGAUGGUGCUCUGGACGAAUCUACGCUCGUUGGAUGCGUCCCACAACUACUUCUUCGAGAUGAUCGUUGAGCCGGGCCAGAACUAUCAGCUGCGCGAGCUGAACCUCAGCUACAAUCGUUUCCAGUCGAUCGAGUUCGUGCAAGCCCUGCCCGCGCUGCGCACGCUCGAUCUCCGGCAUAACUAUCUGGAGUCGCUUAGCUUCUCGUUGUUUGACAUGGCCACCGAGCUGUGGAAGCUGAACCUGGCUAACAACCGCAUCCAGACCAUCUCGACCGAUGGGUCACUGCAUCUGCCCCGCCUUUCGACCCUGCUGCUGCACGACAACCUACUGAGCGUCCUGGACGCUAGCGAAUGGCGGUUCAGCAUGCUACAGGAGUUGAACGUGGCGCGCAACCGAUUGCGCUAUCUGAGCAUGUGCGAGGUGAACCAUUCGUUCCCGCAUCUGCAAACACUGUACAUGGACGAGAACCGUUGGGAGUGUGGACACCUGAACGCCACCACCCGCCAGCUUCACCAGCUCGGGGUAAAGCCGAUGGCGUAUUACGACACAGAGGACCAAGAACAUUGCAACAAAUCUAUCGACGAAAUCUGUUGCUAUUAA